AUUUUGAUGAAUUGUUUUUGCCGCUUGAAUCAAGUGGAUUUUGGGUUUGCUAUCUUGGGUAUCUUCUUUAAAUGUGGUUGUACUCCGAAGGUGUCUACCUUCAGCGCUCUAAUAAACGGGUAUGUUUUAGAAGGUAACACUUAUGAGGCUGUGAAUUUGUUCAGAAGGUUGAUAAAAUAUGGAGACAUCGAACCUGAUGAAAUCAUGUAUGCAACAAUCAUAAAAGGACUUUGUAAAGUAGGAGACACUACAAUGGCCAUACGGUUGCUCAGGAAUAUGCAGAAAUGGAACUAUAGGCCUGAUGUAGUGAUGUAUAGCACAAUCAUCGACAACCUUUGUAAGGACGGGAACAUAGACGAUGCUUUGCGCCUCUUAUCAGAGAUGAGAGAGUGGGAUAUUAUGCCUGAUGUAGUCACCUACAGCUCUUUGGUUGAUGGCUUAUGCAAAUCAGGUCGAGGGGAGGAUGCCACACGAAAUUGAGUGACAUGAUGGAGCAAAACAUUUUUCCUAAUGUUGUAACCUUUAAUAUGUUGAUAGAUGCACUUUGCAAG